UAUAAAUAAAUCGCUGUGUGGAAAAUGUGUCGCAUACCGUAUUAAUCAGGACGGCUGCGCGCUCGCUCAAUCAACCUCCAAUCAGUGUGCGCCAUUUAGGGCAGCCUGUACUACUGGUUUCUGUUAUCUCGUAGUAAUGCUCUGUGUUUCCUAUUGUCUGGGUUUCACAUCCUCUUCUUGUGCCGCCCCGGGCUGCGUAUCAUCUGUUGCCGCCUAAUUGCUCGGCAUCGUGCCAGCCUGUGUUAGGACGUUAAGGCAUUGUUCUGCUAUCGUCUCUUAAGAUAAGACGCAGUGAAUAAGGUGUGGUUUAGGGUUGGUGCUUUAGCUCCGACUCCAGCCGUCGUUCCCACAAUCCGCUCAGCGGGGCGUCAGUGAGCGUCACGCGCGUCAGAGGAGCUCUGCUCUGAUGCACGCGGCAGACUGACGAGCUCAUUUCGGAGCGAGAGCCGGAUGCUGCGGUCGCCAUGGCUGUGAACGUCGCCGGGGUGGUCGUGAUGGUCCUAUUUUAUCUCCUGGUCCUCGGGACCGGAGUGUGGGCCUCCUUUAAAUCCCGACGAGAGGCGAAGAAGACGCGGGGAGACAUGACGGAGAUGACGCUGCUUGGGAACCGCGGAAUCAAUCUGGUGGUCGGCAUCUUCACCAUGACCGCUACCUGGGUGGGGGGGGGCUUCAUCGUUGGGACGGCGGAGGCGGUCUACAACCCCUCCAUGGGGCUGAUCUGGGCUGUGAUGCCUGUCACAGCCACGCUCUGCUUCCUCGUUGGGGGCGUGUUCUUCGCCGGCCCAAUGAGAGACAACCGUUACGUGACGAUGAUGGAUCCUUUCCACAUCAAGUAUGGCAGCGUUACCACGGCAACUCUGGCUGUUGCGGCGCUGGCCUCAGAGGUCAUGUGGGUCGCAGGGACCCUGAUCGGUUUGGGUGUCACCAUGUCGGUGAUCCUGGACCUGUCCUACAGCGUCAGUAUCUGGAUCAGUGCUGCCGUGGCAAUCAGCUACACACUGCUGGGAGGGCUGUACUCAGUGGCCUACACCGACGUCAUCCAGCUUGUACUCAUCUUCAUCAGCCUGUGGCUGUGCGUCCCGUUCGCUAUGAUGAGCCCAGCUGCUGCAGACAUCACGGUGACGGCAUUCAACAACUCCUUCCAGCCCCCCUGGGUUGGCACUCUGGACUCAGGGGGGGUGUGGCUGUGGAUAGACAACUUCCUGCUGCUGGGCUUAGGUAACCUGGGUCUGCAGAACUUCCACCAGAGGACGUUGUCAGCGUCUUCAUCAGCGACCGCCAAGACCUGCUGCUUCGCCGCCGCCUUCAUCGUCCCCACUCUGGGCAUCCCCCCCAUCCUACUGGGAGCUGUGGCGGCUUCUACAGACUGGAACUUGACAGCCUAUGGUUCCCCGUCUCCUUACGAGCGUGGACAGACGGGUAUGAUCCUGCCCAUCGCCCUGAGCUACCUCACCCCCUCCUACAUCUCCAUCAUCGGCAUCGGCGCCGUGGCGGCGGCUGUUAUGUCGUCCACCGACUCGGCCUUGUUGUCCGCUGCCUCCAUCUUCUCCUCGAGCAUCUACAAGAACAUCCUGAGAACACAGGCCUCGGAUAGGGAGGUCCAGCUGGUGAUCCGGGCAUCGGUGGUGCUGGUGGGCCUGCUGGGGACGGCCCUCACCUUCCAGGACAGCAGUGUUCUGCUCAUGUGGAUGCUGAGGUCCGACCUCACCUACACCUUCAUGUUGCCCCAGCUCGUCUGCGUGCUGUUCUUCAGUAUAUCCAACGGUUACGGGGCUGUGUUGGGCUGCUUCACGGGGGUGCUGCUGAGGCUGCUGUGUGGGGAGCCCCUGCUGGGGAUUCAACCAGUCAUCCAUUUCCCAGGAUGCACUCUGGUGGACGGUGUGUAUGUUCAGUACUCCCCCAUAAGGACCAUCUGCAUGCUGUCGUCUCUGGCUGCCAUCUUGUCCUUCUCCUGGCUGUCCUCCCGGCUGUUCAAAGCCGGCCUUCUGCCUGCCUGCUGUGAUGUCUUCAACGUCCACCGCAAACAGCCACCAGGGGCCGCCAAAGUCCCAGGGGAGGACCUCAGCACCAAGGCCUUGGAGCAUGAAGCCUCCGAAGUUUCUGAACCCAUGUUAGAUUCCACAUGUUAGAGUCCACAUGUUAGAUUCCACUUGUUAGAGUCCACCUGUUAGAAUCCACAUUUGAAGGUACUCGCACGCUGCCCAAACAAACACCGAACCCCCAACUGGAGAACGCUGGCUGCUCCCCCGUCUCACUUCAGACGCUAGUUUAACUUCUAGUUAGACAAGCUCAAAUCUGGGUUAGUUAACCUCCAGUCAGACGAGCUCUAGUCUGAGUUAGUUUAACCUCCAGUCAGACGAGCUCUAGUCUGAGUUAGUUUAACCUCUAGUCAGACGAGCUUUAGUCUGGGUUACCUUAACCUCUAGUCAGACGAGCUCUAGUCUGGGUUAGUUUAACCUCUAGUCAGACGAGCUCUAGUCUGGGUUAGUUUAACCUCUAGUCAGACGAGCUCUAGUCUGGGUUAUCUUAACCUCUAGUCAGACGAGCUCAAGUCUGGGUUAUCUUAACCUCUAGUCAGAAGAGCUAAAUUCUGGUUUGUUUAACCUCUAGUCACACAAGCUCAAAUCUGGGUUAGUUUAACCUCUAGUCAGACGAUCUCUAGUCUGGGUUAGUUUAACCUCUAGUCAGACAAGCUCUAGUCUGGGUUAGUUUAACCUCUAGUCAGACAAAGUCUAGUCUGGGUUAGUUUAACCUCCUGUCAGACGAGCUCUAGUCUGGGUUAGUCUAACCUCUAGUCAGACGAGCUCUAGUCUGGGUUACUUUAACCUCUAGUCAGACGAACUUUAGUCUGGUGCUGUGUCUGAAAUCGCGCACUUACGUAAGUGCAAUUCCCUACAGUACACUUAUAGGCGCAGUGCUCUCAUUUCUACAGUACACUGUCAAAACAGCCUUCGCUCACCUAUAGGAAAUUAGUUUGCAGUUUGACGGUUCUUCUGUGGUAUUUAUUUUUUCGGCUUGAUCAUUUUCGUUAGUCGCCUGUAUGAGCGAUCUAGCAGUAUUCACGGUAUCGUUCUUGAUACCAACUCAUUACAGAAUUAACAACAUAAAAACAAUGUUUGGAUACAGCCCAAAACAUUGUAGUUGUACUGAAAAAAUAACCAAAUAUGUGUAAUUUAUUUACAUUUGUAGAGCACGUCGAUCUCAAAUGUUACAAUGUCCUCCAUUUUCCCAUUUGAAAUUUCCGCCCCCUCCGUAUGUAGACAAGAUGGCGGCCGUUGAGGGUGGCAAGUGUCCAUCGGUCCACACGCAAGUUUUAGAUAGUUUUGAGUGCGCCACCGAGGUACUUCCAGUGCACUGCGUUUUGGCACACUCUCUGUUUUUGCUCAAAGUGCACUCAAAAAGUAAGUGUAAGUAUAGAAGUGAGCGAUUUCAGACACAGCAUGAGUUAGUUUAACCUCUAGUCAGACAAGCUCUAGUCUGGGUUAAUAACGGCCAUUUCACUUUCAUUCACUUCCUAUUUGUGCCUAUAAACACUUAAUUAGCAAACACAAAGUCAGCCUAACCUCAGAAACUUUUGUGUGUACAUAAAAGGUUUCUACUGAAGGGGAUUAUGGCCACAUUUGAUUUCUCAUUUUGAGUUUAGUUUCAACUCAGACUUAAGUGUUGGGGGACCAUGGAGCGUGGGGUUCCCCUCCGGUAUGUUCCUAAAUCACUCACUGGAUUCGGUUCCUUGCAGGUAGCCUAUCUGUAAUUCAGACUUUAUUCUUGACUCAAACUCAAAAAUAAAAUUCUCAUGUGGCCCUAAUCCUUACCUUGUGGAAAUGAUGAUUAGAACCCUGUGGAAGGGUCAUGCUCAGCCCUCCAUGGUGGGCCCUGGCCUCGUCUCUGAGCCGUCUCCCCGGGAUGUUCUGCUUGAUCGGAGCAGGACUUGGGACCAGAGGUUCUGCUGGAUAUUAGGACUCUGGACCAGAGGUUCUCCUCGAUUAGAGGUUCUUCUGGAUUCUGGAAGGACUCUGGAUCAGAGGUUCUGCUGGAUUCCAGGGACUCUUGACCAAAGGUUCUGCUGGAUUCCAGAGACUCUGGAUCAGAGAUUCUGCUGGAUCGUAGCAGGACUCUGGAUCAGAGGAUCUUCUGGAUUCUAGGACUCUGGACCAGAUGUUCUAAUGGAUUCUAGGACUCUGGAUCAGAGGUUCUGCUGGAUUCUAGCAGGACUCUGGAUCAGUGGUUCUGCUGGAUCAGAGGUUCUUCUGGAUCAGAGCUUCUGCUGGAUCGGAGCAGGACUCUGGACCAGAUGAGCACUCCACCCCCCCCCCCCCCGUGUUUGGUACGACAGCGUGCAGUGCCUUCGCUCUACAGAUUACUUUAAACUACAUUUCAUUUUCAUUUUCUACUGGUACCUUGUUGCUUCGAAGAGGAGGACUUUUAAGGGCGUUUUUGUAUACUUUUAUAUGAAAUUGAAAUCCACGACGACAAUAGUACAACUCAUUUGUUUUGCCUGGUAACGCGAUGCCCUAAAUACUCGGGUUACCUGGUGAGAGCGACGUUCAAUAAAAAUGGAACAAUAAAUAAAAAGACAAAUCAUUUUCCAUACAUCCUGAAUGUUUUAAUAUUU